AUCUACACCAAUGGGGCUCUGAUGAAAUUGUUUAAUUAACGUCAAAAAACGAAGGUCUCUGCUUUGAGAUCAUCUGUAUAUGUCUCCAUUGAUGUUGAAAUCAAGCUUCUUUCUUUGAUCCAAUUCUCCAUUUUCAACUGAAUAAUCCAACCAAUUUAUAUACACAUAAAUAAAUAAAUGAUAGAAUUAAUUAGUCGGCGGCGUUUAGAUGCAUUCAUCUCCAUUUUCGUAACAGUGCAUCCCCAUGAGAUCUCUGCUUUGCUCCAUUCUUCUUUAUGUUUCUUCUUUAUUUUGAGUGCUUAUUUUGUGGUGCUGCCAUUGAGGGAUGAAGGGGCAAUUUCAUUGGGAUUAUCUAAUUUGCCUGAAUUGUUUGUUGGGUCUUUAGUGUUGACUUUGAUAGCUGCUCCUCUUUCUACUCUCAUCUUCUCUUUGCCUAAUCUUUCCAAAGUCAAGGCUUUGGUUUUCAUACACAGGCUUUUUAGUGUAUCACUUGUUGUGUUCUUCAUUCUAUGGCAUACUUCAUCAACGGAAACUUUACAAUCCCAUUCAAAGAAUUCAGUUGGGAUUUCCACCGAACUUAAAGUCGGUAUUGGUCAUGACAGCCCUAUUGAUGCUCAAGGUUGGGGAAACCAUGGUUGGUUUUAUGUUUCAGUUAGAAUUGGAUUGUUCCUCUGGGUUGCCUUGCUUAAUCUUAUCACAAUAUCUUCAACCUGGGCUAGAGUAAUUGAUGUCAUGGAUAGUGAGUCAGGGUCAAGAUUGUUUGGUUUCAUUGGUGCUGGUGCAACGCUUGGCCAGCUCUUUGGGUCUUUGUUUGCCACAGGAAUGGCUUGGCUGGGUUCAUAUCUUCUCCUAUUUGCUGCCGUUUUGAUGGAACUAGCAGCACAGUCAUCAAAAGGGAUCAACAAGGAUAUAGGUUAUAUCCCUGAAGAGUUAUUUCCUAUCAGAAGAGCUGACUCGGAUCAACAAAAAGAUGAAGAUGAUGAUGAGCAGACUGUAUCAGCUCUCAAAGUUUCUUCUCCUAAACUAACUACCUCUUCAGUGAAGCCUGAACUUUGGGCUAUCUUAGAUGGACUGCGACUUGUAUUGUCAUCGACCUAUUUGCUGCACGUGUCAUUGUUCCUCUGGUUGAGUGCAGUUGUUUCCUCUUUCUUCUACUUUCAGAAAGUUAAUGUAAUUGCCAUGACAGUUGCAAGCUCGGUUGGCAGAAGAAGAUUGUUUGGCCAGAUCAAUAGCUUUAUUGCUGUUUUUAUCCUCGCUGGACAACUUACCUUAACAGGGCAUAUUCUUACUGUUGCGGGGGUUACUAUAGCUCUAUGUUGCACUCCAUUUGUUUCCUUCUCUAAUCUGGUUGCUGUUGCCAUAUGGCCAACUUGGAUGGUAAUUGCCAUUUCUGAGACCCUAAGAAAGGUGGUCAAUUAUGUUGUAACCAAACCUGGAAGAGAACUCCUAUUUACUGUUGUUUCUGAGGAUGAGAAAUACAAAGCUAAAAUAUGCAUAGAUGUAAUUGUCCAGCGACUCGGGGAUGCUGCAGCAGCUGCCAUAUACAAACUACUUUUCAGCAUUUUCAAAGGGCGGAUAUCCACAGUUUCUCUCUAUGCACUCCCUGUUUGUUUACUUUGGCUUGUCACAGCAUUUUAUUUAGGACGGCAUCAAACACGAUUAGCAAGGCUCCAAGUUGGAUCUUCUUGAAAAUUUUCUGAAAGAUGAUUAUGUCUACCUUUUUUCGGGAAUCAAAGAAUGAACAGGUCAAGAUCCUUCACAUUUAUUAAAAUGUUUGCGAGAUGUAACAUGCUCGGUAUGCUGCUUUGGUCAAAGCGUUAGCAGAAGAGUAGUGCUAUUGCGACUUUGUCUGCUUACAAGUUUCCGACCGUUUUGGCUUCUUUGUUUGCAGUAAGAGGUUGCUAAUUUGCCAUUCUUGUGCACAAUGCGGCUAACCUAUAACCACAGUGGUUUCUUCGUUCAUUCAGUAGUAACCUUUCCUAGUUGUAGUAAACUUUCAUGGCUCGAACAAUUACCGGCUUCAUUGUAGGACGAGGUUCCAGCAUCAUUAGUUAUUUUUUCGAGACAAAGAAAAAUACAUGUAGAACUUGUAGUUAGUGUUGAAGUUGCCAUAUAUUGUACAGUGUCCCCUUGCAUUUGAAAUGCAGUUGUUGGAUGAUUUUCAUCUUCUAAUUAACAUGAUAUUGAAACUAGCAA